AACCUAGAAUGGUUUAGUAUUGGGACUGUUAGUCUUUUAGACUCCCAAGAACUACAACGCAGGGUUUUUGGAACUUAGAGACUAAAGUCUAACAUCAUCAAAACGUCAGGGAUGGGAAAAUAACUUACAAAUGGAUUCAUUACUGUUUCCAGUUACCAAAAAUGUCGUGGAUUCAUUACUGUUUCCAGCUACCAAAUAUGUCGUCAGUAUAUUUUGACCAGAGUCGAAGAGAAAUCCCAUGAAAAACAGACACUUGUAGGGUAUAGAGGGAUACUCUCCUUGUCAGGAUUGCUUGUCUGCCCAGACCAGAGUAGAGGCCCAAACUCCAACAUUUGUCAGCUGAAAUGACUCCUCAGUCACCAGUCCGAGAAACACAAGGGAGGCCGAAGCAAGCAAGAAAAGGAAGGCGAGCAGCACACGCAAUGUACGAACACAGCAGCAACAGCAUGAAUCUUGCUUGAAAUAGCUUAGCGUUAAGAAAGAAUGGAUUACGAAAGGAUCGAAAAGCCUCAGGGAAAACAGGGAGGAUUGUCACCGGGGAAACUGGGAAGCAUGUUACUAGGAGUGGAAAAGAAGAGAAAUCAACAAGAACAAGAGGAAGAGCUUGAAUCCUCUUACGCGUUCAGAUCUCAACUUAAUCACCUCGAUGAAACUGGUGGCGGCAGUUCUGAUAAUUGCAAAGAUGUAGAUGUUGUCAAUGUGCUUCCUGAAUUCCCUGCUUCAACGACAGCUGAUUCCAGGGCUGCAUCACAGAUGGUCAGUGAUGGUAGUAGAUUGAAGGAUCAAUCUUUUGUCAAUUCAAGAAUCAGGAGCCAGGAAGUCCCAUCUUUUGAAUAUGAUAAAAGUAAUGAAACUGCAAUUGUGCUCUCCUCGAUUUCUGAUUUUCAAAAGGCUGAGCGGGCCCCACAAAGAGUACCCCUUGCUCCGUUCUCAAAACCAGCACCAUCCAAAUGGGAUGAUGCCCAGAAGUGGAUAGCAAGCCCCACUUGGAACCGGUCUAAAACAGGGCAUGCUCAGGUGCAAGGUGGACAAGGACCGCGGAAGACGGGUAAUGUUCUGAGUCGGCAAUCUUCUACAAAGGUUGUUGUAGAAGUUCCAGAACAAAAGGUGGUUACAUUUGAAGAACCGGAUACAAAACGGGUUGAUACUAGUCAAGCCAAGAAGGAAACUGGUGUACAAAGACUUAAAAGUUGGGAGGCUGAUUCAUACCCAAUAGUUGAUUCCUAUGGCAAGCCUGUGCUUAUGAAUGAUAAUUCUGUUGGGCAAUCAGCAAUCAGUCUCAGCAGGCAUGAUUCAUCUUUGGCCAUACACAGUGCAACUACAUUUAUUCCGCCUCCUUCAACUGCUCGAUCUGUAUCAAUGAGAGAUAUGGGUACGGAAAUGACUCCUAUUGCUAGUCAAGAGCCUUCUAGGACAGGAACUCCAGUGAGGGCAACAACACCAAUUCGCAGUCCAACUUCUUCCAGGCCUUCUAGUCCUGGCAGAACCGCACCAGCUUCAUCUCCAACAAAUCCUCCCAAUGACCAUCUAGAUCCAAACAAGGGAUUGUCUGAAAAGGAGUUAAAACUGAAAACCAAGAGAGAAAUAAUGGUUCUAGGGACACAGCUAGGUAAAAUGAACAUUGCAGCCUGGGCUAGCAAAGAGGAGGAGGACAAGGACAAGGACGCCUCCACUUCACUGAAUAUUACAGCAGCUGAACAACAGAGUAAAAAUGUGAUUGAAACACGUGCAGCAGCAUGGGAGGAGGCGGAGAAGGCCAAAUAUAUGGCCAGGUUUAAACGCGAAGAGAUGAAAAUUCAUGCAUGGGAGAAUCAUCAAAAAGCAAAAACUGAAGCUGAGAUGAGAAAAAUUGAGGUGGAUGUUGAAAGGAUAAGGGGGCAGGCCCAAGAUAGGCUUAUGAACAAACUAGCAGCAGCAAGGCACAAGGCUGAAGAGAAGCGAGUAACAGCAGAAGCCAAGAGUAACAGGCAGGCUGCGAAAACUGACAAACAGGCAGAGUAUAUUCGUAGAACCGGUCGUGUUCCUUCCUCGUUUACCUUUUGUGGUUGGUGUUGGUGAAACCUGAAACAUAUUUACUCAAAUGAACUUGUCUUCCUUCUCGGAUUUUGUGGUCCUAACCUACCAUUUACUUUAC